AUGUCAGCAGAUCAGGGCGCUAUGCAGCAGUUUCAGGACAACACUGCAGUGGGACUUACCGCAGCUACGCAUGGGGUGGAUAUCAACGACCAAACCGCCAUCAAGAACUGGCUUGCGAAACCUGUUCAGAAUAACCAACAGGUGUUUGAGAUGAUGAGGUCGUACCAUCGUGCAGUUAUUCGCCCCGAGAUGUACAACCGGGUUUUGCAACUGGAGGCGGCCUUGAAAACAGUGGACGAGUCUGUUUUCAAAGCUAGGCAGGAGUUGCAGUGGCUUUCGGCGGACAACCGCCUUGCUCAGAAGCACCUUGCUGGACUGCAGGUUUUGACUUCGGGGUGGCCAAAUUACAUGAAGCCCGACCAGCGUAUUUUCAUGGUGGGCUGGAUGUUGGCGCAAUGCCCGCGCAUCGUCGACUUCCUGAAGUUCCGACCCACGACCAUCCCGCAGCAGAACGACUUUUUCUCAACGAUGACCCUUUUGUCGUUCAAAAGCUGGGACACUCGGCAAGCCUUCAUGGAGAAGUUUGGCGGCUCAGCCGGAACGCCGCUGUAUUCAGAUGAGAGUACCCCUGUGCAUGGGAAGCACAUUCGGGUCAGCCCCUCGAGUCCGCAAUGGCAGCGCAAGUUGGAGCUGCCACUUCGCAUCAUCUUGUCCGUGAUCAAUACCCACCCCGACUACACCGCAGGUGGGAGCAAGAUGACGAUAUUGUGGAAAACUCUGACAGUGAUGGCGCAAAAGGACGAGGACGAGUUUGACCAAGACGCCAAGGCCUGGGCCCGCUUGUUCUACUUCCAGGACAAGGGGGACUUUGUGGGUCGUUUGGAAGUGGUGCCCGAGCUGGCACGCCUCAUGGAAUCCCCACCCACGGAGGGAGUUGCAAAGGGAAAGGGCAAGAAACACUGGAGCAACACGGUGAUCUGGAACAGCUAUUAUUGCCCGUACCCUUUCAACUUGACCUUGGUCAAAGUCGAUGAGGUGGCCUUUGUCUGGGAUGAAUACAAGAAGGGCAAGACAGCAUAG